AUGUGGCUCUUUGGAUACGGCAGUUUAAUUUGGCGACCGGACCUGGAGUUCGAAGACAGCAAGGUCGGAUACAUCAAAGGCCAUGUCCGCCGGUUCUGGCAAAGCAGCACCGAUCACAGAGGCACCGAGGAGGCACCCGGCAGAGUCGUCACCCUGAUCCCCUAUGAGGAGUUCUCCCAGCGCUUCACUGACGACGACAUGCAUUCCUCGGAUCAGGACGAUAUCACUUGGGGUGUAGCCUACAAGGUCCCAGCAUCCAAAGUCGCAGAGACAAAAGCAUACCUCGACCACCGGGAAAAGAACGGAUAUGAAACUCAUUUCUUAGACGUCUUCCAACCAAGCACCCACAUCCCCGUCGUUGAGAAGGCGAUUGUGUACAUUGGAUCGACAGACAACUCAGAGUUCGCGGGACCCGCACCCCUAGACCUUAUCGCUCAACAAAUCUAUGCCUCCCAUGGCCCAAGCGGAGCAAACAAGGAUUACUUGCUGAACCUAGCCCACGCCCUCAGGAUAGUCGCGCCCACAGGAACAGACCAACAUCUGUUUGAGCUCGAAUCUAAAGUCAAGGAGCUCAUGCUUAAGGAGGCAGGGUCUCAGGAAGCCUUUGAUCUCAUGCUUUCAAAGAUCAUCGUCCAGUCCCACCCUGCUCCCGUCACCCCUGUCUAA